GGCGGUGCAAACCUCCGCGGGUGCAAACCUAGUGUCGGGGUCCGGAGACCCGUGUUCGCACACAGUGGCGACAGGGGUGACGGAGUGAGUCUCCGGGGCCCAGGGGUGGUGAGACCUUCAGGAGGGGUGGAGCGCGAAGGGCUCUGAGUUAUUGUGUCCCACGUCGCAGGGCAGGGCGCUGGGGCUGUGGCGCCCGCCCGGGCUGGAGAGACGCUGGGCGCCCGGCGAGUGCUGGGCGCCCGGCGAGCCCAGUGGUUAGCGAUGCUGCCGUGGCUGCUGCUACUGGGAACGCCGCUGGGCUGUGCCGAGAGUGCAACGGCGACUCUCACUCCCGAGAGGGUCCCGGAGUGGCAGGAUAAAGGAAUAUUCGUUAUCCAAAGUGAGAGCCUCAGGAAAUGCAUUCAAGCAGGCAAAUCUGUGCUGACCCUGGAGAACUGCAGACCACCGAACAAGUACAUGAUGUGGAAGUGGACCUCAAACCACCGCCUCUUUAACCUAGGGAGCAGCGGGUGCCUGGGCCUCGAUGUAUCUGAUCCAGAGCAGCCAUUAGGCAUCUACGACUGUGACUCCACCCGCGUUUCCCUGAGGUGGCGCUGCAACAGGAAGGUGAUCACCGGCCCGCUGCAGUACAUGCUGCAGGUGAGGCACAACACGCUGGUGGCCUCCUGGAAAUGCCUUCAUAAGUGGGAUUCCUACCCAUCAGGUGGUGGAGGCAUCUGUGAAUAUCUGCACAAAGAUGUGUACACACUCAAAGGGAAUGCCCACGGGACACCGUGCAUGUUUCCCUUCCAGUAUAACCAGCAGUGGCAUCAUGAAUGCACCCGGGAAGGGCGGAAAGACAACUUACUGUGGUGUGCCACCACCAGCCGGUACGAAAGAGACGAGAAGUGGGGAUUUUGCCCAGAUCCCACAUCUGCAGAGGUGGGUUGUGAUGCUGUCUGGGAGAAGAAUCUCAAUUCCCACAUUUGCUACCAGUUCAACCUGCUUUCUUCCCUCUCCUGGAGUGAGGCACAUUCAUCCUGCCAGAUGCAAGGAGGUGCUCUACUAAGCAUCGCAGAUGAGAGUGAAGAAAGUUUCAUAAGGAAGCACCUAGGGAGUGAAACAGUGGAAGUGUGGAUGGGUCUGAACCAGCUGGAUGAACACGCUGGCUGGCAGUGGUCUGAUAGAACACCGCUCAACUAUCUGAACUGGAGCCCAGAAAUAAGUUUUGGGCCAUUUGUUGAAUAUCACUGUGGAACAUUUAAUUCAUUUAUGUCAAAUGCCUGGAGGAGUCGGGACUGUGAGACCACCUUACCUUACGUAUGUAAAAAAUACCUAAACCACACUGAUCACGAAGUAGUUGAAAAAGAUGCUUGGAAAUAUUAUGCUACCCACUGUGAGCCUGGCUGGAAUCCCCACAGUUAUAAUUGCUACAAACUUCAGAAAGAAGGAAAGACCUGGAAUGAGGCUCUGCAUUCUUGCCAGUCUGAUAACAGUGCACUGAUAGAUAUAGCCUCCUUAGCAGAAGUGGAGUUUCUUAUGACCCUCCUUGGAGAUGAAAACGCAUCAGAAACAUGGAUUGGUUUGAGCAGCAAUAAAACUCCAGUUCGCUUUGAAUGGUCUACUGGCUCCUCAGUCACCUUUACUAAUUGGCACACACUUGAGCCCCAAAUUCUUCCAAAUAGAAGCCAGUUAUGUGUCUCAGCAGAGAAACUGGAGGGACACUGGAAAGUUAAAAGUUGUGAAGAAACCCUUCCCUACAUUUGUAAGAAAGCCGGCCGGGUCCUUCCGGACUCUGAAUCAGGCUGUCAAGAGGGAUGGGAGAGACAUGGUGGGUUCUGUUACAAAAUUGACACAGUCCUUCGAAACUUUGACCACGCCUCCAGUGGUUAUUACUGUCCUCCUGCGCUGGUAACCAUCACAAACAGGUUUGAACAGGCUUUUAUUACCAGUUUGAUCAGUAGUGUGGUAAAAAUGAAGGACAAUUAUUUUUGGAUAGCUCUCCAAGACCAGAAUGACACCGGAGAAUAUACUUGGAAGACGGUGGGGCAGACGUCUGAGCCGGUGCGGUACACACACUGGAACGCACAUCAGCCCCGCUACAGUGGUGGCUGUGUCGUCAUGCGGGGAAGGAGUCCACCUGGCCGCUGGGAGGUGAAGAACUGUACACACUUUAAAGCAAUGUCCCUGUGCAAGCAAGCAGUGGGAGCCUGGGAGAAAACUGAACAUGAAGAGAGAUGGCCCUUCCACCCCUGCUAUUUGGACUGGGAGUCAGAGCCAGGCCUGGCCAGCUGCUUCAAGGUAUUUCAUAGUGAAAAAGUACUGAUGAAAAGAACAUGGAGAGAAGCUGAAGCUUUUUGUGAAGAAUUUGGAGCUCAUCUUGCAAGCUUUGCCCAUAUCGAGGAAGAGAAUUUUGUGAAUAAGCUUUUACAUUCAAAAUUUAAUCGGACAGAGGAAAGGCAGUUCUGGAUUGGAUUUAAUAAAAGAAACCCCCUGAAUGCUGACUCUUGGGAGUGGUCUGAUGGAACACCUGUUGUCUCUUCAUUUUUAGACAAUACUUACUUUGGAGAUGACACACGAAAUUGUGCUGUUUAUAAAGCAAACAAAACAUUGCUGCCCUCGCACUGUGGUUCCAAACGUGAAUGGAUAUGCAAAAUUCCAAGAGAUGUGAGACCCAAGAUUCCACCCUGGUACCAAUACGAUGCACCCUGGCUCUUUUAUCAGGAUGCAGAGUACCUUUUUCAUACUUAUGCCUCAGAAUGGUCCACCUUCGAGUUUGUCUGUGGCUGGCUGCACAGUGAUCUUCUCACAAUUAAUUCUGCACAUGAGCAAGAAUUCAUCCACAGCAAAAUAAGAAUGCUAUCAAAGUUUGGUGUAAAUUGGUGGAUUGGACUUCAAGAAGAAAGAGCUAAUGGUGAAUUUCGCUGGAGAGAUGGGGCACCAGUAAUAUACCAGAACUGGGACAAAGGAAGAGAAGGAGCUAUGAAUAAUCAGAGCCAGAGAUGUGGCUUCAUUUCCUCCAUAACAGGACGCUGGGCUAGUGAAGAGUGUUCAGUUUCCAUGCCUAGCAUCUGUAAGCGAAAGAAGUUCUGGCCCGUUGAGAAAGAGAAAGAUACACCAAAACGACAUGGCACGUGUCCCAAAGGAUGGCUCUAUUUUAACUAUAAGUGUUUUUUGGUGAAAAUCCCCAAAGACCCAAGUGGCUGGAGGAACUGGACGUCUGCUCGAGAUUUCUGUGUUGAAGAAGGGGGGACACUGGUCAGCAUUGAAAACGAGAUAGAGCAAGCUUUUAUUACUAUGAAUCUUUUUGGCCAGACCACUGAUGUGUGGAUAGGGUUACAAAAUGCUGAUUAUGAAAAAUGGCUAAAUGGAAAGCCUGUGGUAUAUUCUAACUGGUCUCCAUUUGAUAUAAUAAACAUUCCAAGUCAUAACACCACUGAAGUUCAAAAACACAUUCCUCUCUGUGCUUUGCUGUCAAGUAAUCCUAAUUUUUAUUUCACUGGAAAAUGGUUUUUUGAAGACUGUGGAAAAGAAGGUUAUGGGUUUGUUUGUGAGAAAAUACAAGAUACUUCUGGACAUGGUGUAAAUAUAUCUGAUAUGUAUCCACUCCCCAAUACCUUACACUAUGGAAACAGAACUUACAAAAUCAUUAGUGCAAACGUGACUUGGUAUACAGCACUAAAAAGCUGCCUGAUGCAUGGAGCAGAGCUGGUCAGCAUUGCAGAUCAGUAUCAUCAGUCCUUCCUCACUGUUAUCCUCAACCGGCUAGGACAUGCCCACUGGAUUGGGCUGUUCUCUGCAGAUAAUGGUCUCAAUUUUGAUUGGUCAGAUGACACCAAAUCCUCCUUCACUUUCUGGAAAGAUGAUGAACCAUCUUUGCUGGGUGACUGUGUUUUUGCUGACACCAACGGGCGCUGGAGUAGCACAGCCUGCGAGACAUAUCUGCAAGGAGCCAUUUGUCAUGUAGCUACCGAAACAAGACCAUUUGGACACCCAGAGCUGUGCUCUGAAACAUCUAUUCCCUGGAGAAAAUUCAAAAGUAAUUGCUACAGUUUUUCUACAGUCUUAGACAGUGUGAGUUUUGAGGCUGCUCAUGAAUUUUGCAAAGAGAAAGGAUCUAAUCUUUUAACAAUCAAAGAUGAGGCUGAAAAUUUAUUUCUCCUAGAAGAGCUUUUUGGUUUUGCUUCUUCUGUCCAGAUGCUUUGGUUGAAUGCUCAGUUUGAUGGUGACAAUAAAACCAUGAAGUGGUUUGAUGGGACUCCCACAGACCAGUCCAACUGGGGCAUUCGGAAGCCAGAAAUGGAUCACAUCCAACCCCCUCCGUGUGUCGCUCUGAGGAUCCCUGAAGGAGUGUGGCAGUUAUCUCCGUGUCAAGAAAAAAAAGGAUUUAUAUGUAAAAUGGAGGCAGAUAUUCACGUGGUGAAAGAACAUCUAGGAAAAGGACCAAGUCACGGCGCCGUCCCACUCGCAGUGGUGCUGACACUGACAGCCGCUCUGGCCCUGUCCGCGCUUUCCUGCUGCAUACACAAGCACAGGGCGCGUGUCGUCAGGAGGCUUGUCCAGUUUGGGAACCCUUACUACCCUACAGCCAACUUCAGCACGGUACAUUUGGAAGAAAAUAUUCUCAUUUCCGAUCUUGAGAAGAUUGACCAACAGUAAUGAAGUCAGAGAACGGCGCAGCCAUGAGGACCCGUAAAGAAGACUUCAAGGGAAGCCUCCUCUGUGGUUUCCUUUACAGACCAGAUGCCAUUAUAAUGUGAACUGUGUCCCUACUUCAAUCCUGAAGUGAUCCAUGGUUUUGAAUUGUAACUAAGUUAGAUGGGUGUUGAUUUAUUCAUUUCCCCAACUGUGAUCUAUUCUUAAAAAGGGGAAAUUACGUAAUGCUGAAAACAAGAACUAUUAAAAGAAACUCCCUAUUGAAAACUCUUAAA